CAUUUGUGUGUGUUUUUGGGGUCAGUCGGCGGAAGAUGGCGGUCUGGAUGCUGCUCUCUCCGCGGUGGAGGAUCCUUUAUAAACACACACACUGAACUCUAACACAACACAAGUCUCGUCUGGAUUAAUAUUCACCGAUUUGUCCGCUCGGGUAUGGACUGUUGGGGUGUUUUAGCAGGGUACAGCACCUCAGACGCGUCUGUGGAGAGUUUGCGGAGAGUUUGAUGUUAUUAUUCUGUUAGCCGUGCGGAGCAGCUAGCGGCUUUCUCCUUCACUUCAAAGCCUUCAGAUUGGAUAAAAAUGUCGGAUACGAAGGUAAAAGUAGCGGUUCGGGUCCGACCAAUGAACAGGAGAGAGAUUGAGCUCAAAACGAAAUGCGUGGUUGAGAUGGAAGAAAACCAGACUAUUCUGCACCCUCCGCCCUCCAAUGCAAAAGGAGAAAGCAGGAAACAGCCAAAGGUGUUCGCCUUUGACCACUGCUUCUGGUCCAUGGACGAGUCCAACAUCCCGAAGUACGCCGGUCAGGAGGUCGUCUUCAAGUGCCUUGGGGAGGGAAUAUUGGAAAACGCCUUUCAGGGAUACAACGCCUGCAUCUUUGCCUACGGACAGACAGGCUCGGGGAAAUCCUUCUCCAUGAUGGGCAACGGAGAGCAGCCGGGCCUGAUCCCCAGACUCUGCUGCUCGCUGUUCGAGAGAGUCUCCAGAGACCAGAACGAGAGCCAGUCCUUCAAGGUGGAGGUUUCCUACAUGGAGAUCUACAACGAGAAAGUGCGAGACCUGCUGGAUCCCAAAGGGAGCAGACAGUCUCUGAAGGUCAGAGAGCAUAAAGUCCUCGGUCCAUAUGUGGACGGUCUGUCUCAGCUGGCUGUGAUGGGCUUCGAGGACAUCGAGUCUCUGAUGUCGGAGGGGAAUAAAUCACGCACAGUAGCCGCCACUAACAUGAACGAGGAGAGCAGCCGAUCGCACGCCGUCUUCAGCGUCAUCGUCACGCAGACGCUUUACGACCUUCAGUCUGGGAAUUCUGGUGAGAAAGUGAGUAAGAUCAGUCUGGUUGAUCUGGCCGGCAGUGAACGUGUUUCUAAGACUGGAGCCGCUGGAGAGAGACUGAAGGAGGGCAGCAACAUCAACAAGUCUCUGACAACGCUGGGGUGUGUGAUUUCUGCUCUCGCUGAUCAGUCUGCAGGAAAAGGCAAGAGCAAGUUUGUGCCUUACAGAGACUCAGUGCUGACGUGGCUGCUGAAGGACAAUCUGGGUGGUAACAGUAAGACGGCCAUGAUUGCCACUAUCAGCCCUGCUGCUGAUAACUAUGAGGAGACGCUGUCGACGCUGCGUUACGCCGACAGAGCCAAGAGAAUCGUCAACCACGCUGUGGUGAAUGAGGAUCCCAACGCCCGCAUCAUCAGAGAGCUGCGGGAGGAAGUGGAGAAACUGAAGGUGCAGCUCUCACAGGCUGAGUCUCUGAAGUCUCCGGAGCUGAAGGAGAAACUCCAGGAGUCUGAGAAACUCAUUCAGGAGAUGACCGUCACCUGGGAGGAGAAACUCAGGAAGACUGAGGAGAUCGCACAGGAGCGUCAGAAGCAGCUGGAGAGCAUGGGAAUCUCUCUGGAGUCGUCAGGGAUCAAGGUCGGAGAGGACAAGUGCUUCCUGGUCAACCUGAACGCCGAUCCGGCUCUCAAUGAGCUGCUGGUGUACUAUCUGAAGGAUCACACGCGUGUGGGAGCCGACACGUCUCAGGACAUCCAGCUGUUCGGCAUCGGGAUCCAGUCUGAACACUGUGUGCUGGACGUCACGUCUGACGGAGACGUCACGCUCACGCCGGCCGAAAACGCCAGGACGUGUGUGAACGGGACGAUGGUGUACUCCAGGGUUCAGCUGUGGCACGGCGAUCGCAUCCUGUGGGGAAACAACCACUUCUUCAGGAUCAAUCUGCCGAAGCGCAAGCGGCGCGAGCGACCGAAGGAGCCGGAGCGCGACUCUCCUCGCCAGAGUCUGGCCGAGGCCGACGUGGAGACGGCGAGCCAGGCCUCGUCCGAACAGGACUACAGCUACGAGUUCGCACAGAUGGAGGUCAUGAUGAAAGCGCUGGGCAGCAACGACCCCAUGCAGCAGGCGGUGCAGGCUCUGGAGAAGCAGUACGUGGAGGAGAAGCGUGUGGCGCUGGAGGAGCAGAGGAUGAUGUACGAGCGCGAGCUCCAGUCUCUGCGCCAGCAGCUCUCUCCAGAGAAAGUGUCUCAGCACCAGCGCUGCAGCAGCUUCCCCACACACACCACACACAACAAACUACGCCUGUGGAGCGACGAGAGGGACGAACUGUUUCGUCAGAGUUUGUCUCGGCUGCGUGAGCAGUUGGUCCGAGCGAACGCUCUUGUGCGAGAAGCUAACUUCCUGUCCGAGGAGAUGCAUAAACUCACCGACUAUCAGGUCACGCUGCAGAUCCCGGCCGCCAACCUCAGCGCCAACCGCAAGCGUGGUGCCAUAGUCAGUGAACCGGCCAUCCAGGUGCGACGUAAAGGGAAGGGAACACAGGUGUGGACCAUCGAGAAACUAGAGAACAAACUAGUGGACAUGAGAGACCAUUACAGAGACUGGAGGGAGGGAACACAGGAAGUGGUGAACCGUCUGCACAGUAAGGCGGGUGAUCCGUUCUAUGAAGCGCAGGAGAAUCACAACCUAAUCGGCGUGGCUAACGUCUUCCUGGAGUGUCUAUUUCAUGAUGUGAAACUGCAGUACGCCGUUCCCAUCAUCAGCCAGCAGGGGGAGGUGGCAGGUCGUCUCCAGGUGGAGCUGCUGCGGGUGAGUGGCGUCGUUCCCGAGCGUUUGGCCGGAGGAGACGAUUCCUCCGAGAACUCCAGCCAGAGCAGCGGAUACGAGGUCAUGGACAACAACGGAGAGAUCGUCCACAUGGCCAGAAAACUCACCUGCAGGGUGCGGAUCAGAGAGGCAUCUGGUCUUCCUCUAAACCUCUCCAACUUCGUCUUCUGUCAGUACACCUUCUGGGAACAAUCAGAGCCCGCUGUGGCUCCGCCCAUCGUCAGCCCAGACACACCCCCCUCACAGACGGCCGACGCCCACUUCACUGUGCGUUUCGAUCACUGCAAGGAUUUCCUGGUGCAUGUGACCGAGGAGUUUCUGGAGUUCAUCUCAGACGGCGCUCUGGCCAUCGAGGUCUGGGGUCACCGCUACGCUGGGAACGGCCGGUCCAUGCUGGAGAUGGACGCACUGCAAGCCAAGAGACGGACGCUCAGAGACAGGUGGAGUGAAGUGUCGCGUCAGAUCGAGUUGUGGGUCUCCAUACAGGAGCUGAACGAACAGGGCGAGUAUUCGUCUGUAGAGCUUCAUCCGAGCAGAGACGACAGCACUGGAGGAGUGUUUCAGCUGCGUCAGGGUCACUCACGGAGGCUGCAGGUGAACGUCCGGCCGGUCCAGCACUCUGGGACGCUUCCACUGCUGGUGGAGGCCAUGCUUUCCGUCUCCAUCGGCUGCGUUUCUGCUCGAUCCACCAAACUACAGAGACCUCUGGACAGCUAUCAGCAGAGGGAGGAAGACACCGAUAUGGAUAGUUAUCAGGAGGAGGAUCUGAACUGUGUUCGGGAGCGCUGGUCUGAAGCCCUCAUCAAACGCAGGGAGUAUCUAGAGGAGCAGAUCAAGAAGAUCAUCAAUAAGUCAGAGAAGUGCGAGGAGGACGUUGAGCGAGAGGCUCGGCUGGUGGAGCAGUGGGUCGGUCUGACGGAGGAGAGGAAUGCCGUGCUGGUCCCGGCCCCUGGCAGCGGGCUCCCGGGGGCCCCGGCGAACUGGGUUCCCCCUGCUGGCAUGGAGGCUCAUAUUCCUGUGCUGUUCCUGGAUCUGAAUGCUGAUAACCUGACGGUGAGCGAUCAGCUGACCGGUCCUCACGCCGCCGGUGUUAACUCAAUCCUCCCCAAAGAGCACGGCAGCCCGUUCUUCUACCUGCCCAUCAUCAGACACAGCCAUGACGAGGUGUCGGCUGUGUGUUCCUGGGAUUCCUCCAUCCACGACUCCAUCCAUCUGAACCGGAUCACGGCCCCCAGCGAGCGGAUCUACCUGAUCGUGAAAGCCACGGUUCAGCUCAGUCACCCGGCGUCUGUGGAGCUGGUGCUGCGCAAGAGGAUCGCCGUCAACAUCUACAACAAACAGAGUUUCACUCAGAGCCUGAAGAGACGGAUGUCUUUGAAGAACGUUCUGUACUCCUGUGGAGUGACGUAUGAGAUCGUGUCCAACAUACCAAAGGCGUCUGAAGAGCCGGAGGAGCGCGAGACUCUGGCCUUGAUGGCGGCGCGAGGAGAGAGCGAGGAGACGCUCGAUGGAGAGACAUACAUAGAGAAAUACACCAGAGGAGUGCUGGAGGUGGACAAUAUUCUGUGUCUGGAGAGACUGCGGCAGGCCGUGACGGUGAAGGAAGCUCUCUCCGCUAAAGGCAGACACAUACGGCGUAGUCUCAGCACGCCCAACGUCCAGCAUAGCUCUUGUUGUAAACCAGACGGGAUUGGUUGUGAUGAUGAGGACGUAAAGACUCACUGCGACGGUCACACAGACGUCACCGAAUCCAACAUACAUGAAGCUUCACUCAACAGUCCUCUGUCAAAAGACACGCCUGUCAAAAACAAAGAGAAUCACGGAUUGGUACCAGAGAGUCCAACGUUCUUCAACUCCAGUCCGUUUAAAGUUUUGUCUCCUCAGCCGCCCAAGUUCCUAAAAUCUCUCUUGCCAGUGAAGGAGGAGAACAAAGUCAAGCGUUCUCUGGAGUCACGGCCUCUGCUUGGACAGGAGAGCAUGCAUUGGUUUGCGGCUCCUGGCGGCCCCUGGUCCAGACCCAGGGCGCAGAGCGAGGGCCACGGUGAUAUCAUCAGCAGCUCGGCCAAUCACAGACAGCCCAGGCUGAGCACUGAUCUCACUCACACACGGCCGCAUGCUGCUGAUUCAGAGGAGGAGGAUCCUUACAUGGAUUCAGCCUUCACGCAUUCCAGCAACCCAGGCUUUGGGUCUCUGGAGCUGCAAAACUUCAAGCCUUACAUCCCAGAGGAUUUUGCCAACUUUGAGGUGUACAAUGCCAGCCUUGAGACCCAAGAGGGGGCUAUGUGUGUUCAGGGUGAGAUGGCAUCAGGGAUCGGGGUAUUAACAGGGACACGGGCUGUGGAAAAAGAAGUGUCCCGUAGUCCCACAGCCAGCACAUGCACAAGCGGCUACUUCUCUCAUAGUGCCUCAAACGCCACGCUGUCCGACGUGCUCUUCAGUGGCAGCGAUAGCUGCGACCAGCUAAACAUGAAAGAACCUCCAGACCCUCAGGAAGCAUUGCACGGAAGAGGGUUGCAUCCUACCAGAGGUUCCUCGGGAUCCGGUCCUGCCCAGAACAUUCCUGCUCAGCCCUGUUCCCGUCAAUGCACUGACCUGGACUGUUCUCCUCGGCUUCCCCGCAAGUGUAUCCUGAGUGUCAGUCAAGAGUUCACAGACUUUAAGGGUGCAGAUGACGGUGUAGGGGAAGUGGACCAUGGUAACAUUGCAUGGAAGGCAGGAUCGAUUCCCAGAGACUUCAGGGGUGCAGAUGAUGGCAUAAGAGAAGAUUUUGGUAACAUUGGAUCGAAGAAGGAAUCCGUUCCCCCAGGCUUUAAGGGUGUAGGUCAUGGCGUAAGAGAAGAUUUUGGUAACAUCGGAUCCAAGGAGGAAUCCGUUCCCCAAGACUUUAAGGGUGUAGGUCAUGGCAUAAGAGAAGAUUUUGGUAACAUCGGAUCCAAGGAGGAAUCUGUUCCCCCAGACUUUAAGGGUGUAGGUCAUGGAUUAAGAGACAACCUUGGUAGCAUCGGAUCGAAGGCAGACUCGAUUCCCCAAGCCAAAACCCAAGGUAUGGAUCCCCGACCCCAGUUCCAUCUACACAAUGGGAAAGAGUCUCCCAGUAUCCCAGUACCUCAUGCCAAGCCACAGCUGGAAGCAACUCAAGGACUUGAGUUCUUUGAGAAUGCAGAUCCUUCGGUAGAUUCUAGUGAGGAUGAGAAUGGACCAGUUGCUCAGUUGCCGGACUGGAUGGCCCCCGGUGAGCAAGUUUGGGUGGGCAAACGGAGUGGGACGGUGCAUUACGUUGGAGGGGUAGAGUUUGCCAAAGGAAUCUGGGUGGGAGUAGAGCUGGACCUUGCUGUAGGCAAGCACAAUGGUACGGUCCAAGGAAGGGUGUACUUCCGUUGUGCCACAGGUCAUGGUGUCUUCGUGAAGCCAUCCUGUUUGACUCGAGGGCCUCCGUCCAUAGACACCGAACCUCAACCUGUAGGAGCAGGACAGUGACCCAAUAGUUGGUAGAUGAUCUCUUCGACACCAGCACCAGCCACCACCUGGACAAACCAAGUGCUAACAGAAUCCAUCCUUCUGAUUCGUUACAGAUUUGUUGGUUUCCCUGAUUCCAUGGCAAUAAACCCUUCCUGUGGUCUUGUUGAAAUUAUAGACCUAUUUCAGUAUCAUCUUUGAAUGUCGAGAGUUGCACAGUUGCACAAACUUGUUUUAUAUAUCAUGUAUAGCUGUAAUACUAACAUCCUUCUUCGUUACCACUUCUUAUAUUACUAAAUGUAUUAAUCGAACAUUGCCUAACACUACUUUGAGUGAGUUUGAGAUUUGGAUGUGUGUUCUAGGUAAGAAUGUACUACUGUUUAUGACCUUUUUGUUUGCGUGAUUUUAUCAGGUAUUACCAAAGACAUAGCCUUUCAAAUCUGCUGUGCAAGCUUCUUACGUAGAUUACUUUGGACAUGUGUUUCAUGCUUGUGUUUUAUGUAUAUGUGUUUGACUGAUUUAUGCUAAGUGCCAUAUUUCUGGUUGAAAGGCCACAUGCCCAUCAGAACUUCAAAAUUGUAGAAAGAGUAGAUUUAAUGGUAUUUUGAUUGGACGGCAAUCCAGUUGCUCGUACUCUGUUGUGUCACUGGCUUGUUGAGUUCUUUAACUGUUGAAGGACUGCCUUUAUUUCUAUUAACAGAGCUUUCUGUACGCUUGCACUGGAGUAACUUAUCCUGGAUGCACAUUAAGUUACGUAAUGCACAGACUUUUAUGCAUUAUAAAAAUACUGAUUUGACGCUUCUCAGGAGGUUGACGGAACUGAGGUCACCUAAUGCGGAGAGCACCUUGUUUUCUUUAUCAGACCCUUGUCGGUAGGGAGUGUUAUUGUUAAACGUAGAUAUCCCGGUCUGCUUCGUAUUGGCUAUAGACCAUAGGCGCCCUAAAUUACUGACACAAGCCCUGUUAAUGAACAGGGUCUUUUUAGAUAGUCGACUCCUAGGUUCACCUGCCUAAUAAUGACGCUUUCGAGCAUUUAAAUCCAGGUGUGUUUGACCACCGAGUAAGAUUUUAUUAGUUUGUGAUACUAAAGUCAAUAUUAGUGUUUUUUAUAGGUAUAAAUGGGAGAUGGGCAAUAUCGGGGAAAUUGGGACAUAGCCUGAAUAAUGCUAGUAUGUUUAGUGCCAUGACCAGUGCUGUCAUUAUUGCUCUGUUUUACCUGAAGAACUGUGGAUCUCAUAAGAAGUGAAUACUAUUGCUGUCAAUGGAGAUGGUAAAAUGAAAACCCAAGACCUUACUUAAAAGAAAACAGCUGCUCUCCUUGACAAGGAGCUGUACAUAAAAUGUAUGAACAUAGUAUUUACAAUAUUAUAAAAUGUACAGAAUUGUAUUUAUAUUGUAUCUCUGCAGAUGUUGGUACAAAGAUGUAGAAUACAUAUUGUUUAAAAAC